CAGAAAGAGCCACGGCCAUUGUUAUUUCAGCUGGGGGCGCGCCUCGCCGGCCUUCAUUUCCCUCUUCUUUUGCCCUCUCCCCUUCUUCCUCUUCUUGUUCGUUUUGGCCCAGUCGUUGCAGUCGAUCGCUCUCCAACCUUCGAACCGUUUUUCCCGCCGCCGUCCAUUUUUGCAUCUUCAAGACACUCGUUCUACGCCUCUUCACCUCUCUCGCCCGCCAUGAAGUACUCACUUGCCAUCAUCUCGGCCUUGGCCGCCGUCGUGGUCGCGGACCCGAAGCUUCUCAACAGCCAAUACCAGGUUACCGAGGGCGAGAACUUCACCCUCAAAUUCUCUGGCUGCUCCGAGGGCUGCUCCAUCAUCAUCCAGACGGGGCCCAGCAACAACCUUAAGACGGUCAAGACGCUGACGAGCAGUGUCACGGGCGACUCCUUCACCUUCAAGCCGGAGGGCCUCCCCUCGGGCACUUACGCCUUCAGGAUCACCGACACCAAGGGUGUGAACAACUACAGCCCCCAGUUUAGCUACCAGGGCACCGGCAGCACCUCUGCCGCCUCCACGGACAGCGCCACUGCCUCUAGCACCGCCAAGUCCACCUCGGCCGCCUCGUCGACUGCCUCGUCGACUGCCUCGUCAACUGCAUCUUCGACCGAGACCGAGACCACCGCCACCGUGUCCAGCACCACCGGGUCCACCAGCACUGCUUCUGGGACUACCAUGACCACGACCACCUCCAACGCUUCUUCUACCACUGCGGCCUCUACCACGGCCAGCUCCAGCGCGUCAUCCAAGACCUCGUCUGCUCCCCCUGCCUCGACUACCGUCCCCAACGCCGGCGGCCGCAUGUCGGCCCCCCUGGGUAUUGCCGGUGCCGUCGCCGUCAUGGCUCUUCUUAACUAAACUCAGCGUGGAUGUCGAGGCUGGGAACCUGGGCACUGUUUUUACUUAUCAUUACCGACUAGCGUGUAGACUGUUGGCCGGUGGCGAACGGUGGUAGUCGCGCACAUUUGUAGUGUCGACUGUCUGGUGGUGCAAGCCGGCAGCUCUUUAAUCGUGUAAGAAUUGCGAUGUGUCUAUUAGUCUAUGAUUGGAAGUUGUAAUGGACAAGCACGCACAUCUUUAUGUGACGACAUGUCGCUCAGGACAAGCGCUGUGUAGAAUGGCGGUGCUCAUGGGGCACACGUGCUGCGGGAGACGGACUGACACCACCGGCGGCAGCGGAGUGGUGUAGUUUUGCUUCUCUGGGGGUCUUUAGCAGUGACACCGUUGUUCCAAGCCGCGAGCUAGACGCGCAGAGAAAAGCAAAGAAUCAGUGAC